UUCCAAUCUGCCACCUCCAAAAACCAUCAAGACACCGAAAAUGCACUUGGCUCCUUCUCUGACUCACAAUCCUAGUCGUAGGACCUCCUGCUAUGGUAAGCUGCUUCAUAAUUCCAGUAGAAAGUGAAGAUUCUUACCCUGUAAUCCUGAAAGGAAAGACUCAGUAUCAUCCGAAGAGCUUGCAUGCUUUGUUCAAAUCAAAAUUGAAGGAGUUGAAGCCAGCUCUGAAAAACCAGGAUGAUGAAGACAAGCUCUUAUACUCCCUUGAGAGGCUAUGCAAAUAACUUCCUUGUUAUCCUACUAAAGGAGAAGCCAAGUAAAAUUGAAAUGCAGACUAUGAACAUUCAUAACUUUGGCAAGUCAGUUGAAGAAAUUUAUCUCACAGCUUUACCUUAACAAGAGCAAAAUAGAUGGGACAUUAAACAAACUCCUUGAAUUCAGCAUUCAAAUAGAUACUGAGCAAUACGGUAAUGAUUUCUCGAAUACAAAAGAUGUCAGGGGUGUGAAAAGAAAUCAAACUCGUCAUGAUAAAAGUCACCAUGAGUAUAAUAUAAAUGAACUCAAGGUGGCUGAAGUACAUGAUCAUCAUCAUAAAUACAAGAAUUCCAAUAAUAUGCAGAUCCGGUCAAGCAGAUCAUACAGGUCAAGUCGUAGGGGCAGCGUCAGCAACAUGACAUCAUCCAUGAUCCAAGGAAAAGCUAAAGCUGGCAAGACUUCAGCACUAAACUGGGAUGAAUACAGCAGUUCCAGUGAAUCUGACCAAUCGUACAAUGAAGAAAGAUCUUUGAGUCAAGCCCAAAGGAAGAAGAUGAAGAACCUCCUAAAGGAGAAUGUGAGUAUUCUCAAAGCGAACGAGACUGUCAAGCAUGUUGAGAAGCAGCUGCGCCAUUUCUAUCAUAAAUGUCUUGAACAAACAGCUGUAGCCAAUAAAAUGAGAUACAAUUAUUUCAAAGAGCUCGUGUCACUGAGAGAGAUGAUUUAUCGUAAAAACAAAUAGCUACCCGGAUAGCUUCGAAUUCCUCAGCAUCGAAUUUUUCAGUGCAACUGACAUAGUAGAUUCGAAAACAAGAGAAAUUCUUAAUGCAAAAUGUGAGGAUAUGAAGAAAAUGUUCAAUGAACGUAUGUAUGAGCUAUACAAGACCAAUGAGUGUCUCAACAAGCAAAUUCAUAUGUUCAAUGAGAUCGAGAAAACAGGAAAUAUUGGCAUAAAAUUCACUGAAAUGAACUGUGAUGACAUCAUUCGCAAGCUCCAGAUCGUUGAGACAGACCCAACUGUGAUCUGGAAAUGUCUCACAAAAUACUAUGGCUAUGGUUUCUUUAACGUCAUGAUCGAGAAAGAGUUUGGAGUCAAUCCAGAUACUUACCAGGAGAUAAGUACAAGUUUCUAUGGAGAAAUUUCAAACUUCAAACAUGAAAUCACAGAAAAAUUGAAUUCGAUAGACCAACGAAGCAUUAAGAAGUAUAAGUACCUUAAGGACUCUUUCUCUGACUAUGAACAGCAAAUAAACCUCCUAAAGGAAGAACACGAAGCAGAGUUGAAGGAAUACCGUCAGAAUAUGGACAAAAUCCUUCAAGACGCUGUUAAGAAAAUAGAUGAAAAAUACUUCCAAAGAUACGACGGUGAAAAGCAAGAGCUCUAUGAGAUAAUCAGGAUGAACAAAAUUGAACUUGCCAGGGCCAAAGGUCGUCUUGACGACGAGCAUGCCUAUUCUAACCAUCUCUCAAUGUUCGAAGAAGGUGCGAAUGGGAUCACCUUCAUUGAAGACCCAGAGGAUGACAAGGACAGGCUCAUCAACAAACUCCACAAUGAGAUUCAUCUUCUAACAAAGGAAUUCAGAGAAGUUGUGGAGAAAUAUGAGAACUAUAAGUAUUUGUCCAUCAAAGCUGACCAAGACAGGCAUACUCUGGUAAAAAGAGCUGAAAAUUAUGCCUCUAAAUACACAGAUCUCCAGAAAACAUUUGCUAAUUUUAGGCAAGGCUCUAAAGACUUUGAAAAAGAUCUUGCUAUUCUAAACAAAGCAUACCAAGCUUCUGCUGUGUUUGCUGAAAGCUUAGAAGAGGAGGUUCAUACUCUUCGGAGCCAAUUCUCCCUUUUGGAGGGUAUGAUUCCAGAGAAAAUACUGGAUUCAUUUAAGAAGGAGAGCCCUCUAUUCUUCAUGACUAAGAAAACAAAUACCUCCAGGCAUUCUAUCAAUAAAAAGGCUGUUGAAAUAAUGAAUAAGAUGUAUAAAGAUUCAUACAAAUCCGUAAAAGUUGAGACAGAAAUCUGUGGGCUUCAUCAGGAGAUUCAGGUUGUCAAAGAAAAUAUGGACGUGAAAAUCCCACAGUUUGAAAUUGGUAUUCAAACAGAUAAUCAAAAUCAGAAAUCGACUAAGACUCAAACAAUACUUGCUACAAAGGAGAUCGCUAAUUUAGAGGCAGAAAACCAAAACUUGAAGGAAGAGAUCAUCCAAGCAGCCACUAAAGUUCAAAUCGAAAAAGAAAACGAGAAAGUCACAGAACUCAAUAAUCUCAAGAGGAAAUCCACCAAGAAGAUCUCACGUCGAGCAUCUUCUAAUCAUCCUGAAUCACAAGCCAAGCAAGAAAGUUCUAAAGAGUAUGAAGAUGCUUCUGAAUCAGAGGCUGAAAAUGAGAGAGAAGAAUCCUCAGAGGACCUUGAAGCUCUAGAUAAGGUCUUCCUCACUCAAGACAGACUUUCCAAACAAAGCAGUGUCUCUCGGAGUACGAAAUCUAAGAGAUUUAUCAAAGGAAACGCAGCUGCUUCAAGGAAUUCUCGGUCAGGACUUAUGUCCAAGCAGAGUUCAAGCUACGGGAGGAAGCCUAACUACACAUACUGCAAAGACUGCAAAAGAAGAAGGGUAAACAAAGAGUCAACCAAGAGUCCUGAACAGAGAAGGAAAUCGUACCAACAAAAAGCCGAUGUGAAGAAGAUCAGCUCAACCAAAAUAAUUCAUAGUGAAAUCAGGAUGAUUAAUACUCCUGUUGAUAGAAGUUUCGAAAAUGAUUUCCAAGGCGAAGCCAAACCAGAUGUCAAGUCUUCUAGCCACAGUGAGGAGUCUAAAUACAGCUGGAAAUAUGACGAUGAUGUUUAUGAGCACUAUGAAUUCGAAAUGGAUCACUAUAAACAAAACCCCAAAACUUUGGUCAACGAUAUCUUCUCCAAAAUUGAUUUGUUCAAAGACAUAAAAGAAGACCUCAGUCUAAGGAAUUCUAGUCAUCUCUCACAAUAUUUACAGGCUAAAGUCAGUAAGAUAGAUAGGAGCUAUCUGGAGCUUCUUUGAGGGAUGCUUUUUGAAGAUAUUCAAAACAAAGAUCAGGUUAUAAAUAUGAUCUCCAUGAAGCAACCUCAACAGAAAAUCAGCAAGAAAGUUUACAAAACAGUGAUUCAGCCAAGAUACAACAUAAUCCCUUUCAAUUUAAAGUGCAUGGAAAAUCUCUUGAACAGGAAUUACAGCCAAGAAAGUCGGAAGAACAGGGAUGGUUCUCCCUCUUUCUCUAAAUCAGUCUCGACCCAAACAGGAGUCGACGAAGGGGUUUCUAAAAUCGCCAUUUCCAUUGCUCAAAAUAGCUCUUUGGAUGAAAUCAAAUAGAAGAAUUCAGAAAGGAAAAAUGGUUAAGGGCAUCAAUAAACAUGAGUUUAAUCCCAAGGAAAUCAGAGACUUCAACUAUGACAGUGUUCAAAACAGAGACUUGAUCAACCAUAGUGUUAAUUCUCUGUAUCAGUCAGAUUCAAAGGUGAAGGUUUGCCCUGAGAUUUCAGUAAACACCAAGACAAGUCUAAAUUAUUACCCUCAAGCGAGUAAUUCUCAGGGAAGAGAGCAUAUAGUCUUCCCAAUCCAACUGGAUGAUUCAAAGCAAGAUGUGUACAAUACAAGUACUGAUAACAUGAUUAUGACAGGGCAUGGCUUCACUAGCACAUAUACUCCUUUCCGUAAUGAAUCAAAGUGCUCAAAGGACAAUGAUCCUUACUCAAUAAACUACAAAGUAAGAAACCGCAAUAUGAGCCAUCACUCUCGGAAGAAGAAUUCUAUAAUACAGAAUAUGGCGAUUUUAGACUCAAAGAGCAGAUCUGAUAUAACUUCAUCCCACAGACGCACAAAUGAUGAAGCCAAAGCAUCUAAACUUAAGACCACUAACUGGCUAUUCUCCAAGACCAAGCCCAAAGUGACCACUGCGAAACCAGCUGAUCGCAGAAAGCCUUACCAAAGCCACUACAUGAGUAAGAGAAAUUACAUGCAAAGAACGAUCAGUAGAGAGAAAUAAGUCAUCUCCCUCAUUCAAGAGCUAGAGGGGAGGCAGCUCACUGGACUAAGCCAGGCUCUAGGUGUAUUAGCCAAGGAUGGGUUCCUAAAACGUCUGGUCUAUUUCCCUAAAGUUUAGCAUGAAUAUUAGAAUUUAGAUGAUCCAUGCGAGCCU